AUGAAAUUCUUCUUCAUCAUGUUCUUCUUGGGAAACAUGGUGGUUGCCAUCUGUAAGACGUUUGUUGUUGUGCUAUUUGAAGACGACUCUGAGGGCGACAGAAGGAUGGACUCUGCUGGAGUGAAGAUGGAGGCCAUUGGCCCGGCGGGACUGGCACAGCUGCUCAAGAUGCCCACCCUCACCAAAAGCUCAGGUUUUGAACCAGAGCUACGGCGAUCCAAGAGGUCAGUGUUUUUACACUCCGGAGUGAGAAUCUGCCCCCAGGAGACCAUCAGUGAGGUGAUCGCCAGCCACCAGGCGUACUACCAGCUCAGAGUUUGUCAGGAGGCGGUGUGGGAGGCGUUCAGGAUCUUCUUCGACAGGAUUCCGGGGACGGCCGAGUACCAGCGAUGGGUUCACACGUGUCAGCACGAGUCGCUCUGCAUCUCUGACCUCGCCAAAAACUUCAGCGGCUCGGAGGAGCACAUGAGCAUGAUUCAGCGGAGGAUGGACCGGCUGAGAGACAGGAGGCCUUCAUCACGGGGAGCGACGACUCCGGCACCGACGCAGAAGCUCCCGGAGAUCACAGGUCCUGAGGCUCAGACCAACGCCCCGUCAGCGCCCCCAGUGCUCGUCACCGGCACCGCCGUCCUCUUCAGUUCUACGAGUGUCUCUUCAAGCCCCGCCCCUGACACGACCCGCCCUGCCAAGGAGCUCGAAGAGGACUCAGAGCUUCCAAACGUCGUCCCAGAGAGUCUGGUGGAGCAGAUCGUGGAGUUCAGUAUCGACCUGGUGGAUCCGGGUUACAGAGAGCUGCUGGAUGACCCGGAUUCCCCUCAGUACAUCGACCUGGCACAACACCUGCAGGACCAGAUGCAGCAUGUCUUUGACAAACUUCCUGGAUUUAGAUCCAUCCAUGUGCUGGGUAUCAGGCCUGGAGGAAUCUCGGUGCACUACUCUCUGGUCUUUGAGGUCAGUUCGCCUCAAAUCACCUCUGAGAUUUCAGAGAAUGCGACUGACAGGCCCAAGUCUUCCUCAGCCAACUCUGCACUCAGGGAAAUGGUGACCAAGGCUCUGCGUGAGGAGGCGUCCCUUCCAGUCGACCUGGAUUCAAUUAACUUUGAACCAGAAAAGAUCCUCCUACCAGCAUUGAGAGCCACUGCUUCAGUUGGAGUAAUGAAUCAGUCCAGCGAGCCUGAUUCACACAACGAGUUGGAAAUUUCCACUGUGGAGCCAGAGGUUGACAAACCCUGGCCGGCAGUUUCCCUCACCCCCAUGGAGAAGGAAAAUGCCCUGGUGAUCCUGCUUGACCCGACAGCAGACCCAGAUGGUGAAGUGACAGCGGUGACCGGUGGGGUGGCAGAGGGCAGCGAUCAUCUCCCGAGCUUGGAGGACGUUACUGAUGAGUCGAUUUAUGUGAGUGAACCCGGGCCAUCAAAGAAAGAGGGGAAGGGAGAAGAAUUGCUGAUCAUUACACAUGAGAUUGAAACCAUUCAUCAUGAUGAAACCGGUGAACUUGUGCGAGACUACAUUCCCACCCCUCCUGCACUUCUUGAGCUGGAGACAGAUGCUCCCUACGUCAGUUUGUCUCCUAACCUGAUACCAGAGGGAGACCUGAGUCCUGUUGGUGAAGACAGAGAAGGUCCUAGAUUGGACACUGUUCAGAUUACCCCCACCGCUAAUAUUAAAUUCACUACAAUUCCUGCUGCAAAAGAGGCGCCUGAUGUUAGACUCUUCAUCACAACACUCUACGCCAUCACAGCCCAGCCACCCACAAAGCCAACAGUGAUACUUCAUGAAGACGAAGAAGAAAAUGCUCUUCCAGAGGACAAAGAGGAGAUCAAGAAGUAUCUGGGCCUUUGGAGCCAGAUCAAGAAAUACCUGCGCCUUCGGAGCCAGGUCAAGAAUUAUCUGCGCCUUCGGAGCCAGGUCAAGAAAUACCUGCGCCUUCAGAGCCAGGUCAAGAAGUAUCUGCGCCUUCGGAGCCAGGUCAAGAAGUAUCUGGGCCUUUGGAGCCAGAUCAAGAAGUACCUGCGCCUUCUGAGCCAGGUCAAGAAGUAUCUGCGCCUUCAGAGCCAGGUCAAGAAAUACCUGCGCCUUCAGAGCCAGGUCAAGAAGUACCUGUGCCUUCUGAGCCGGGUCAAGAAAUACCUGCACCUUCAGAGCCAGGUCAAGAAGUACCUGCCCCUUCGGAGCCAGGUCAAAAAGUACCUGCGCCUUCUGAGCCAGGUCAAGAAGUACCUGCGCAUUCAGAACCAGGUCAAGAAAUACCUGCGCCUUCAGAGCCAGGUCAAAAAGUACCAGGGCCUUCGGAGCCAGGUCAAGAAGUACCUGCCCCUUUGGAGCCAGGUCAAAAAGUACCAGGGCCUUCGGAGCCAGGUCAAGAAGUACCUGCGCAUUCAGAGCCAGGUCAAGAAAUACCUGCGCCUUCAGAGCCAGGUCAAGAAGUACCUGCCCCUUCGGAGCCAGGUCAAAAAGUACCUGCGCCUUCGGAGCCAGGUCAAGAAGUACCUGCGCCUUCGGAGCCAGCCUGAGCCCAGUGUGGGGGAUGUUAAAGGACCAGAGGAAGAGUCACAACUCACAGGUGUAGAAGAUGUUUCAGAACCAAAAGGAGAGGUGGUUGAUGCCGCAGGAUCAGAAAAACUAGUGCCAGAGGCCUCUGAACCUGAAGCAAAAGUAAUUGAGGAAGAGCUAGCUGAUGUGAAACCAGCAGAAGAAGAGGUUCCAGCACGAGAUGAUAAAGAUGUCGAAAGAAAGGAGGAAGAGGUUUUGCGGGUAGAACAAGUUAAACCUCCAGCAGAAACAACUGCAGAACCAGAAACUGCACCGACAAGGGAAAGCCAAGUACCCAAAGUAACAGAAAUGGCACCUGUGGAAGUUUGGACUGCAGAAUCAGAAAAGGAGCAAGAAGAAGUACCAGAACUGACUGAGUCGGUGGUAGAGAUGAAAAAGGUACCAAACGAACCAGGACCUGGGAAAGAUUUAGAAGUACUGGAUGUAACUGAGGUCCCAUUACCACAAUCUGAAGAAGUCGUGGAACAAGUGAAGGUUGCUGAAAGCCCAAAACCAAAAGAAGCUUCUCAACUUGUCAAAGGCACAGCUGACAGUUUACCACCAGAGGAAAAGCUACCAGAAGCCUCAGAGCCAGAAUCUAAAGAAGAGGUAAUAGAGGAAGUCCAACAAUCAGAAGGGGAGCAUCUUCAUGGCCUAGAAUCGGAUCCAGGUGAGGGGAUAGUAGAGAUGUUAGAACCAGAACCUAAAAAAGAUGCUACUGAGCCACCAGCUGAAUCAAUUAAAAUCCUGCACCCCUUGGAUGGUGUGGACAACCUUCCUUUUGGAGAGGAUGCUGUUCAGGUCAUUGAAGAUAAAAACCUCCUGCAUCCUGUCAGACCUGAUUAUCAUCACCCAGCAGAGGAGCAUAAUUUACCCGUCAUACCAGUCCAGCCUUCCAGCGAAGAUGUAGUCAAACCUGACCAUGACUAUCCCAUCAUUGAUCAUUUUUACAAUGAGGAGGAUGUAGAGAGUGUAGACGCUCAGGUGGAGCAUGAAACCGAUUCCGCCACAAUGACAGAAACGACAAAAGGCGAUUCACACUUGGAGACAAUCUCUGAUAUCACAGAAGUGACAGCUGCAGACACGACAGGCACAUCAGAGGGCACAGAAGCCACUGAAGAGUUGCCAGAGGAGACACAAAAAAGUGAUUUAUCCCCAGAAACAGACAUCAGUGUGACAGCACCACCCGCUUCAUACUCAUUGCCUACACCUCCAGCAACUUCUGUCGAUGUUUCUGAAGUGUUUUUACCCAUCCCGGCAAUUGACUCUGGACUCUUUGAGGUAGCAGAGGAAUCUGAAGUCCCCAUUGUUACUGAGUCUCCUGAGGGUGAUAGCGCUGAGUCGGAGGUCGAGUCAGAGCAAAGCGAGCCAGCUGUCGUCAUUAUCGAUGAAGACUUGGGAGGCUACGUAAAAAAAGAAGGCGGAAGCCCCACCACCCCGCCGGAUGCUACCGAAGACAUGGUGGAAGAAGCUGUGCAGGACCUGGCUGUGGAGCUGGAUCAAACCAGCGUGGUGGCCACAGAACCAAAUGAGCUCCUGGAAAAGGGUGAAGAGGGGAGUGGCUUCCUGUCUGUGCAGGAGGAACACAGGACCAUCGUCACCACGGCCACACCUCCACUGAGAUACCUAACCACUCCCACCAUGACCACGGCCAGCCACGGCCGGGAGCUGGUGGUGUUCUUCAGCCUGCGCGUCACCAACAUGGACUUCUCUGAGGACCUCUUCAACAAGACUUCGCCUGAGUACAGGUCCCUGGAGAACACCUUCUUAGAUGUGCUGCUGCCGUUCCUGCAGGCCAACCUGACGGGCUUCAAAAAACUGGAGAUCCUCAACUUCAGGAAGGGCAGCGUGGUCGUCAACAGCAAGAUGAAGUUCGCCAAGUCGGUGCCGUACAACAUCACCGAGGCGGUCCACUGCAUCCUGGAGGAGUUUUGCACCGCUGCCGCCAAGAAGCUGCACAUCCAGAUUGACACCCACUCUCUGGACAUCGAACCAGCUGAUCAGGCCGAUCCCUGCAAGUUCCAAGCCUGCGGUGAGUUUUCUCGCUGCGUGGUGAACGCCUGGACGAAGGAGGCGGAGUGUCAGUGUCAGUUGGGCUUCGUGUCAGUGGACGGCCUGCCCUGCCAGAGCCUGUGUGUCCUCCAGCCGAACUACUGCCAAGGAGGGGAGUGCCGCAUAGUUCCCGGAUACGGAGCCGUGUGCAGGUAAAUGACGAUGUAUGCAGACUGUGUAUCAGCAAGUCCA